AUGGGAAAGGAAGAGGGGAGGGGAGAUAUUCCCACCACUGAAAGGGUUACCAAGCAGGUGGUGCUUCAUUCAACUGCGAAGGCGAAGGAGGGUGAGCAGGGGAAGGAGUGUGAGAAGGGGAAGGAGUGUGAGAAGGGGAAGGAAUGUGAGAAGGGGAAGGAGUGUGAGAAGGGGAAGGAGUGUGAGAAGGGGAAGGAGUGUGAGAAGGGGAAGGAGUGUGAGAAGGGGAAGGAGUGUGAGAAGGGGAAGGAGUGUGAGAAGGGGAAGGAGUGUGAGAAGGGGAAGGAGUGGGAAGGGGGUAAGGGGAAGGAGGGUGAAAAGGGCAAGGAGUGGGAGGAGGGGAAGGAGAGCGAGAAGGGGAGGGAAUGGGGGAAGGGGAAGGAGGGUGAGAAGGGGAAGGAAGGUGAGAAGGGGAAGGUGGGUGAGAACGGGAAGGAGGGUGGGAAGGAGGGGAAGGAGGGUGGGAAGGAGGGGAAGGAGGGUGGGAAGGAGGGGAAGGAGGGUGGGAAGGAGGGGAAGGAGGGUGGGAAGGAGGGGAAGGAGGGUGGGAAGGAGGGGAAGGAGGGUGGGAAGGAGGGGAAGGAGGGUGGGAAGGAGGGGAAGGAGGGUGGGAAGGAGGGGAAGGAGGGUGGGAAGGAGGGGAAGGAGGGUGGGAAGGAGGGGAAGGAGGGUGGGAAGGAGGGGAAGGAGGGUGGGAAGGAGGGGAAGGAGGGUGGGAAGGAGGGGAAGGAGGGUGGGAAGGAAGGGAAGGAGGGUGGGAAGGAGGGGAAGGAGGGUGGGAAGGAGGGGAAGGAGGGUGAGAAGGAGGGGAAGGAGGGUGGGAAGGAGGGGAAGGAGGGUGGGAAGGAAGGGAAGGAGGGUGGGAAGGAGGGGAAGGAGGGUGGGAAGGAGGGGAAGGAGGGUGAGAAGGAGGGGAAGGAGGGUGAGGAGUCAAGCGAGGCAGCCCAACCACUCUCUACCCCUCCAUUACCUGCCGCACCUAACCAGCCACCCAAACUCCCCGCCAGUUCCCCGCCUGCCACACCUAGCCAUUCUCCACCACUCUCUACCCCUCCCCUACCUGCCAUCCCACCACAAGCACAACCAGUGCAUGUGGACAGAGAGAGAGAGCACGGGGAGCCGUGGGGCGGAGUGGGGAAGGUUCAGUUCAAACCAGAGAGAGGGAGUGAGAAGGGAGAGGCACAGGAGGGAGUGGGGAAGGUAGGGUGCGAACCAGAGAAAGAGGGUGAGAAGGGAGAAGCACAGGAGGGAGUGGGGAAGGUAGGGUGCGAACCAGAGAAAGAGGGUGAGAAGGGAGAAGCACAGGAGGGAGUGGGGAAGGUAGGGUGCGAACCAGAGAAAGAGGGUGAGAAGGGAGAAGCACAGGAGGGAGUGGGGAAGGUAGGGUGCGAACCAGAGAAAGAGGGUGAGAAGGGAGAAGCACAGGAGGGAGUGGGGAAGGUAGGGUGCGAACCAGAGAAAGAGGGUGAGAAGGGAGAAGCACAGGAGGGAGUGGGGAAGGUAGGGUGCGAACCAGAGAAAGAGGGCGAGAAGGGAGAAGCACAGGAGGGAAUGGGGAAGUUGCGUGCAGAGCCAGAGGCAGAGGCAAAGGUGAAGAGGAAGAAGCUGAAGCGGUUGAGUAGCAUACAUGUGACGCAAGGGGGUGGGGAGGAGAAGGAACCGGGUUCAUGCCGAGAAGGGAUUGACGGGAGGGGCGUGGGCAGCAACAGCAGGCGCUCUGGCGCCUCAGGGAGUGAUGGGGAAAGGAAAGGAGCCUUAGAGAUUGGCGGGGUUACUGGGCCUGAUGUGGUUGCCAGGAUUGAUGGGGAAAGAACCGGUGCUAGUGAGAGGGAUGCGUCUGGGGAAGGGAGUGAGAAGGAAGGAGGAUCGGAGUGCGUGGGUGUGCGAGGGAGGGACGACAAGGGAGAGGCGAGACGACGUGGUGAGUUGGAGGGGGGAAGAAGGGGAGGUUUUAAGGUGCGGAGAGAGGGGGAGGAGGAGGAGGGGGAGGAGGAGGAGGGUGAAGGGGAGAGGAUGGGGCGUUUGGAUGAGAAGAGUGGGCGGAGGGAGGAGUGUGUUGGGAGGGAAGGGGAAGGAGUGCGUGAGGGGAGUGAUGGGGGGGAGUUGAAAGGGGAGGGGAGGAAAGGGGAGGAGAGGAAUGGGGAGGAGGAGAUGAAAGGGGAGGAGAGGAAGGAAUGCAGGGCAGCAGAGAGCGGAGGUGGAUGUGUGGUGCAGGGGAGGGAGGCGAGGGCGGUGGGGGAGGAGAGGGAGGAGGGGGAGGAGAGGGAGGCGGGGGAGGAGAGGGAGGAGAGGGAGGAGAGGGAGGAGAGGGAGGAGAGGGAGGUGAUAGCAGCUGUUGCUGACUCGGUGGCUGCUUCUUCUGCUGCUCAUGGUGCUCAUGGUGCUGAUGGUGCUGAUGGUGCUGAUGGUGCUGAUGGUGCUGAUGGUGCUUACACUCGAAUUGGUGCUGCUGAUGGUGGUGGGGUUUGGGAUGCGAAAGGUAAAGAGAGCAGUCAAUUCAAGUUCCAAUCCAGCAGUCAACGAAACAGCGAGGCAGGUCUAGUGCGUGGUGGCAAGAAUGGUGACAUAGGCUUUAAGGAUCGUGGAUGCUUGCAGAGGGAUUGUGCAAUGGAGUGUGAAGGGCGGGACGAUGGGAAGGGAGAGACGAGGGGCGGAGGGGGGGACGAGCAGAGGGACGAGAGGAGGGGAGAUGGGAGGGGUGAAGGAGGGAACGAGGGCAGGGGAAAGGGGAUGGGCGAAGGAAGGAGCGAGGGAAUGGGAGAGGAGAAGGAGGGGGAGAAGAAGAAAGGAAAAGGGGAGGAGGAGGAUAAGGAGGACGAGAAAGAGGAAGUGGAGAAGGGGGAGGAGAAGGGAAAGGAGAAGGAGAAGGAGAAGGAAAAAGAGGAGAAGGAGAAGGAGAAGGAGAAAGGGAAGGGGAAGAAGGAGAAGGGGAAGGGGAUGGAGAAGAGGAAGGAGAAGGAGAAGGGGAAGGAGAAGGGGAAGGAGAAGGAGAAGGGGAAGGGGAAGGGAAAGGAGAAGGAGAAGGGGAAGGGGAAGGAGGAAGAAGGAGCGAGAACGACGAAAGUAGGCCGAGAAAAGUUGCAGGAGAAAGGAAAAGGGAGCUUCCAAGGAGAAGAGAGUGGAGACGUCUCAGAGGGGGAUGAGGAGGAGGGAGGGGAGGAUGUAGUUAUGAUUGAGCCCGCAGGAAGAGGGGGGAGAGGGAGGGGCGGGAGGGGAGGGAGGGGAGGGAGGGGUAGUAGAGGAAGGGGUGUGAAAGUAGACCAGGGGAGGGGGAGUCGUGGUGGUGGCGGGAGGGUGGGUGGAAGGAGGGGAAGGGGGAGGGGGAGGGGGCGAGGAGGGAGAGGAGGGCGAUAUGGGGGAGGGAGUGGGCGUGGGAGGGGAAGGUCGGUGGAGAGGGAGGAGGAGGAAGAGGAGGAGGAGAGUGAGGGGACGAGUGAGGAGAGUGAAGACGAGGAGGAGAUUAGACAGAGGAAGGUUGGGCGUCAGGGGAUGGAGGGGAAGAGGGUGGAAACUGGAGGAGACGACAAGGAGAGUGGGAGAAAGAAAGAGGAGGAGGAAUGUAUGGGAAGGAAGGAGGAAGAGGAGGAGGAGGAGGAGGAGGAGAAGGAAGAUGAUGUGGCACGGAUGGGACGGAAAGAGGAGGAAGGAAAGGACGAUGAAAUGGGAAGCAGGAAUGAGGAGAGGAACGAUGAAAUGGGAAGCAGGAAUGAGGAGAGGAACGAUGAAAUGGGAAGCAGGAAUGAGGAGGAGAACGGAGGGAAGGAGAUGGGGGGUGGGGAGAUGGAAGAGGAAGCUAUGGAGGAAGGAGGAAGGGAGGGUGAGGUCAAAAGAGGUGAUGAUUGUGAUGGUGAUGGUAAAAAAGAGGAAAAGAAGGAAGAGGAUGAAAGUAAGGAAGAGGAGAAUGAAGGGGUGGCGAAUGAUCCUGGUAGGCUCAGAGUAGUACGAGAGCUCAAGGGAUUCGCAGGCAAGCAGGACGUGGGACCGGGAGGAGAGAAGCUUGGGUUUGUCCCGUAUGUCUCGAUGGGUAUCAGCCCUCUGGCGCUGCAGGGAGAGACUGUGCGCAAGAUUCAUCGAAUGCGGACGCCGCGUCCGUCCUUUGUGAAGUUUGUCACCCGCCACGUCAUCGCGACCGCGGAUAAGGGCCUGGAUCUGCCCGGGCCGUUUGUGAAGCGCCACCUGGCGGGGUCCGAUCGGAUGGCUGUGAUUGGCCCGGGCGGGCGGCGGUGGGAUAUGCGGUGGGGGGUGUACUCGAAGGGAGUGCCAGUGUAUAGGCUGAAGGACGGGUGGGGGGGGCUGGCUGGGACGCUCGAGUUACAGGAGGGAGAGGCAUUGGUUUUUGAGGUGGAAAAGCCGAAUUUGCUGCGGCUGCAUCUGGUGAAGUUUGGGCAAGAUGUGGUGCUGAAUACGAGUCCCAUGGUGGUGCCACGUAUGAGGGAAGUGGCGAAUGCAGGUGAAGCUGCUGGUGCUGCUGCUGGUGGUGCUGCUGCUGGUGCUGCUGGUGGCAGUGGUGAUGCGGCUCUAGCAGAUGAUGCUGCCGAUGAGAACGGAAAGGGGCUGGUGGGUGGAAGAGGUGGCUUCGGGGCGAAAGAGAUGGGGGUUAAUGCGAGGAGUGAGCUGGCAGCGGGAGAGGGGAAGGAGAUGGGGAUGAUUGGGAGGAAGAAGAGGAGGAGGAAGCUGCUGGGGAAGGCAGGAGGUUUUGCACAUGGUCACAAAGGGGAGGUGGAGGAAGAGGAGGGGGAGGAGGGGAGUGAGGGGAAGGAAAGGCAUGAGGAGGAGGAAGAUGGGGGUGAGGAGGGGGGAGAGGAAACGGGGUGGAAGGAUGGGUUGAGGCAUGAGAGGAAGAAGGAGAGGGAGAAUGAGAGGGAGGAUGAGAGGGCGGGAGUGGGGGUAGGAGAACGGAUGGGGAGUGCUGCAGAGACGGUGACAGGCAAAGGGGAAAAGAGAUUCAAGAUGAGCAGUGUUAAAGUGGGAGUGAAAAAGAAGAGACAAAAGGCACUGGGACAAGGCACAGGGGUGCCAGUCACACCUGCUCCGGGUGUCCCUCCUUCCCCAACCACUGCUGCUUCUCGCCCUGCAACCACCGCCCAUGGGAUUCCGCCCUCUCCUCUCGGGCCUCCAUCAUCCAAACCUGUCUCUGCUGCACCUGCUCCUGCUCCUGCUGCUCCCUCUCUUUCUCCUGCUCCUCCCGCUGCCCCCACUGUGUGUGCCGCGCCUCAUCCUCCCUUGAAGGGGCGAGUGCGUGUGGCGCCACCAGGGGGGUGGAAGGUGGCUCGCCUCGUGCCCUCCACUCGAGCCACUCGCCCCGUGCCCUCCCCUGCUGCUCGUGCUGCUGCUGCUGCUGGUGCUGCUGGUGCUGCUCCUGCCCCUGCUGCUGCCAGUGGUGCAACUUCAGCAGCAGCAGGCGCAGGAGCAGCAGCAACGAGAACUGAAGCAGCAGCAGCAGCAGCAGCAGCAGGAGCAGCAAGAGCAAUAGGGGCAACUGAGGAUGGGAUCAUGAAAGGGCAGGACAGCGGCACGGGCGACCCGUACCUGGCCACGCUGCUGUGGGUGCAGCGAGUGUGGGCCGAGCACCAAGCAGCUUUGGUCCGAGCAAUGGAAGAGCAGGAGGAGCAGCAGGAGGAAGAGGAUGCGAAAGAGGCGGAAGUGAAGGCGAAAGAAAAGGCGGAAGAGGAGGUGAAGGCCGAGGGGGUGGUGGAGGGAGAGGAAACGGGGGAAAAGGAGGCAAAGGGAGGUUUGGAGAGGGGGAGAGAGGGGGGAGGAAAUGGGGAAGGGCGGGAUGAGGGGUGUGCGGAUAAGGGGGAUGAUGAGAAGGAGGGGGACGGGGGAAGGAAAAGGCAGCGGAGGGAGGAUGAGGUGGAGACAGACGGGCCGGAGAAGAGAGGAACGUCACAGCAGGAAGGGAAGCAGGCAGGGAAGAAGGCAGGGAAGGUGCCAGGGAAGCUUCCAGGGAAGCAGGGGGCAAAGGCAGCGGGAGGGAAAGGGGUGGGAGCUAAGAAAGGAGGGGCAAAGGCAGGAGGGAGCAGCAAGCAGGCAGCAGUGGGCAUCGAUAAUGCACCCGCAGUGGCAAUUGUUUCCCCUCAGGUGAACCGAGCUCCCAGUCCCUCUGCUGCUGCGGCUCCAGGCGUCACUCUCAAAGCCCCUGGCAAGUACCAGGCGCGCAUGCUGGCGCGGGACGGGACACGUCAGCGCCACGUAGGAUUCUAUGCCACCGCGGAGGAGGCUGCGCUGGCGUAUGACGUGGCAGUGCUGCGCGUGCACGGCGCGCAGGCGAAGCUGAACUUUCCGGCGGAUGAGCGGGGAGGGGAGGAGGCGUCGGGCGGGGGGGGUGGUGAUGUGGCAGGUGCGGCGCCAGUCAGUCGCAAGGUGCCCCCUCAGGUGCCAGCUGGCCAGGUGUUUUCUGAGGUGCAGGUGGGGAGUGAGGGAGGUGUGGUUGGGGUGAGGGUGGUGGGUGAGGAGCUUGAAGGGAGUGCAACGGAGAUGGUUGGGAUGGUGGUUGGGGAGGUGACUAUAACGGGGGCAAUGGGGGCAGUGGGGGCAGUGGGGGUAGUAGGGGAGGUGAGGACAGAGGACGGAAAAGAGGGACAGGAGCAGGGAGAGGUUGCUACAGCCCGAGCUGCCAGGUGUCAGCAGAUGAUUGGGCCAGAGAGGGACACUGUGAAGAGCGGCGGGAGGGGUGAGAUGAUGGGAGGGUCUGGGCAGGUGGAGAGCGGUGGGGAUGGGAGUGGGAGGGCUGAGAGCGGUGGUGCUGUGGACAGUGCGGUGCAGGGGGAUGGAGGGAGGUGUAGGGGUAGGGUCAGGAAGAGGCAAAGGCAAGGUAGGGAUGGGGUUGAGCAGUGGGAGAAGCAGCAGGGGGGUAGAGGCGUGGGGAGAGGCAUGGGGCGGGGUGUGGGAAGGGGCAUAGGCAUAGGCAUGGGCACGGGCAUGGGCAUGGGCACGGGCAUGGGCACGGGCAUGGGCAUGGCAACGGGCAUGGGCAUGGGCACGGGCAUGGGCAUGGGUACGGGCAUGGGCAUGGGUACGGGCAUGGGCAUGGGUACGGGCAUGGAAUGGGUAAGACCACAAGAGAAGGAGGGCACAGAGGAAGAGCAUGCGGCUAUGCCUUGUCAGCAGCAGCAGCAGCAGCAGCAGCAGCAGCAGACAGAAUCAUCAGCCCCUGCAUUAGCCGUUCCUCCUCUGCCCUCCUCCCCCCAUCCCGCGCUCCUCUCCCUCCCCAACAUGCCACCCCCAUCGCGCCGUCCCUCCCCUGCCCCCGCUCCUACCACCACCACAAGUCCCCUCACUCCGCCCCCUGCACCCGCAUCCUCACAGCCCCGAUCCAGACCUAUUGCUUCCGAACGUGUUUCUUUCGAACCUGAGGAUCUCAGGUCAGGUUCCAGACCUGUAGGUUCCGAACCUGCUGGUGCGCCAGGCGAUGCUGGUGGUGUGGGUGGGUUGAAUAAGGGCGGUGCUCAAGGGUGUGAGAGCAGUGGUGGUGGUGGUGCUGCUGGUGGGGAUGGUGGG